AUGGCGCCCCCUGCAGUUUCACUGGCUUCACUGCUGCUGGUGGUGACCCUGGCAGGUGGUGCCUGUCAGCGGUGCAGCGAGGGGAGGACCUACCCCAACGCCGUCAUUCCGGCCAACCUGGAAACCAUCAGAAUCKUGUCAGUGCCUCAGACCUUCUCCCUGGGGGCCUGCACGGCCGCGUGCUGCCACCUGCCCAGCUGCGACCUGGCCUGGUGGUUCGAGGGCCGCUGCUUCCUGGUGAGCUGCCCGCAGGAGGAGAACUGUGCGCCCCAGAAGACUGGCCUGCUCAGGUCGUACCUCGUGUUUGUGCUCAGGCCCGCGGGGAGGCCCGCGCCGCUGCUGGACUCCGGGGAGAGGAUGCUGAGCAGGGCCGCCGCCGCGGGGGCCUGGGGGGACCCGGCCGAGGGCACCAGGGAGGACUUGCCCCUUGGAGGCCAAGGCCCAGGCCGGGGCCUGGAGGGGAUGGCGGGGAUGGCUGAGCCCUCCGAUGACGACGGGGAGAUGGAGCCCAGUCUCCUGCAGCCCAGCCCCCAGCCAGGCCCCAGCGGGAGCGCCGAGCCCGCGGCCUGGAGCCUGCAGCCCGGAGGCGACGGCCACAGCCCCGCGGCGUCCUCGGAGAAGCCGCGGGACCCGGAGCGCCCCUCGGGGAAGGACUCGGCCGGCUCCGCGUCCCCCAAGCCCAGCCCGGACAGCAGCGACCCGCCUCCCUCGGCCGCCGCGCCCCCUCCCGGCCGGGCGCUGGGGAAGGGGGCGGCUUCUCCGCGAGCCCGCGGCGACUCGGGGCGCGAGGUGGGGAGUACAGAUGACUCUGAGAUAGCGAGCUAUCGCUGGGAAGCAGUCCGCGGGCCCCUCGCGGGGCAGCACCUGUCCGACACCCCCGUCCUGCGCGUGGCUGACCUUGCUCCUGGCAACCACACCGUCAGGUUGACCGUCACUGACUCUGAUGGAGCCACCAACUCCACCACUGCCACCCUGAUCGUCAGCAGUGCUGUGGACCACCCACCUGUGGCCAACGCAGGCCCAAAUCAGACCAUGACCUUGCCCCAGAACUCCAUCACUUUGAACGGAAACCAGAGCAGUGAUGAUCACCAGAUCGUCCUCUAUGAGUGGUCCCUGGACCCCAGCAGUGGGAGCAAAGAGGUGGCCAUGCAGGGAGCACAGACCCCGUACCUUCAUCUAUCCGCUCUGCAGGAAGGAGAGUACGCCUUCCGGCUGGUGGUGACAGACUCCGCCGGUCAGCAGUCCACUGCUGUGGUCGCUGUGAUUGUCCAGCCUGGAAACAACAGGCCUCCCUUGGCCGUGGCCGGCCCCGACGAGGAGCUGGUCUUCCCAGUGCAAAGUGCCACCCUGGAUGGGAGCGGGAGCAGUGACAACCACGGCAUCGUCCACUACCACUGGGAGCACAUUGGAGGCCCCAGUGCAGUGGAGAUGGAGAACGUGGACAGGGCUGUGGCCACUGUCACCGGGCUGCAGGUGGGUACCCACCUCUUCUGCCUCACAGUGGCAGACCAGCAGGGGCUGAGCAGCACGUCCACCCUGACUCUGGCAGUGAGGAAGGAAAGUAACAGUCCUCCCAGAGCCCGGGCUGGUGGCAGGCACGUUCUCGUCCUUCCCAAUAAUUCCAUUACUUUGGAUGGUUCAAGGUCUACCGACGACCAAGGCAUUGUGUCCUAUCUGUGGGUGCGGGAUGGCCAGAGUCCUGCUGCGAGGGAUGUCAUCGAUGGCUCUGACCACAGUGUGGCCCUGCAGCUCACCAAUCUGGUGGAGGGGGUCUACACUUUCUGCUUGAGAGUCACCGACAGCCAGGGGGCGUCGGACAUGGACACGGCCACUGUGGAGGUGCGGCCAGACCCGAGGAGGGGCGGCCUGGUGGAGCUGAUCCUGCAGGUGGGGGUCGGGCAGCUGACAGAGCAGCAGAAGGACGCCGUGGUGAGGCGGUUGGCCGUGCUGCUGGCCGUGCUGGACUCGGACAUCAAGGUCCAGCGGAUCCAGGCGCACUCGGAUCUCAGUACCACGCUCCUGUUCUAUGUGCAGAGCCGGCCUCCCGCCCAGGUCCUCAGAGCCGCCGACGUGGCCCGAGCCCUGCACAGGCGGCUGUCGCGGGAGAAGGCCGACUUCUUGCUUUUCAAGGUCUUGAGGGUGGACACAGCAAGCUGCCUUCUGGAGUGUUCUGGCCACGGCCGCUGCGACCCCAUCACCAAGCGCUGCAUCUGCUCCCAGCUGUGGAUGGAGAACCUGAUCCAGCGCUAUGUCCGCGAUGGGGAGAGCAACUGUGAGUGGAGCAUAUUCUAUGUGAUGGGGCUGGCUUGCGCUCUCCUAGUGCUGGCGGGAGGCGUGACGUGGCUGUGCAUCUGCUGCUGUCACAGACAAAAAAGGACUAAAAUAAGGAAGAAAACGAAGUACACCAUCCUGGACGACAUGGACGAACAGGAGAGAAUGGAGCUGAGGCCCAAAUACAGCAUCAAGCACCGCAGCACGGAGCACAACUCCAGCCUGAUGGUGUCCGAGUCCGAGUUUGACAGCGAGCAGGACACCAUCUUCAGCCGGGAAGGGAUGGAGAGAGGGCCUCCCCGGGCAUCCAGGAACGGCUCCGUCAGGAACGGGGCUUCCUUCAGUUACUGCUCCAAGGACAGAUAG